UGUCUUCUCUCCCAGAGCGGAGAAUUACAGGGUGAGCGGGAAAUUCAAAACCAUCAACGAUUCUGUGUUCAGCCAAUCAAAAGAAAAGGGGGAGGGGCCGGAAAUGUAAAUUCAGUUAAAGGAAACGCCCAUGAGGACGUUAUCUUGUUACAGUUCUCCUUCUGGUCCGCUUAUGUGCUAUAUAAACUAGGACGCCGCGCCUCAGACUUUGUUCAUUCUAUUGUCUACCAACAGGAUGUCAGGACGCGGCAAAGGAGGGAAAGGUCUCGGUAAGGGCGGAGCCAAGCGGCACAGGAAGGUGCUCCGGGAUAACAUCCAGGGCAUCACCAAGCCUGCUAUCCGCCGUCUAGCUCGCAGGGGAGGUGUGAAGCGCAUCUCCGGCCUCAUCUAUGAAGAGACUCGCGGUGUCCUGAAGGUUUUCCUGGAGAACGUCAUCCGUGACGCCGUCACCUACACCGAGCACGCCAAGAGGAAGACCGUCACCGCUAUGGACGUGGUGUACGCCCUCAAGCGCCAGGGCCGCACUCUCUACGGCUUCGGAGGUUAAUUCUGCUUCUACU